CCUGGAGAAGAACAUCCAUUUUCCUUUCCAUCAUUUAUUUUCAAUUUUUCCUUGGAUUGCCCCCACAAAUGUGAUAUUAGAAAGUGUUGUUUGAAAAGUGGGGAGUGGCAUUUUGAGUAAAUAUAAGGAAGAAGGCAGGCUUAAUGUAUAAGAAGGCAUCAUCUCAUCCUCCCAACCCCAUCUGCCCCCUUUGUCUCUGCAACAAAACCAGGCACCUAUGCACACCAUCAUCACCUGCGGCCAGCAACUGCUUCAUCCAAACACCCAGACUCGUAUAUAUCAAGUUUAUAUAUGUUUUCUAUAUAACAACUGUUCCAGGGAACCAGACAGAGAAAGAGGAAGUGAGAAAAAGUGUGAGAAAGUGAGAGAAAGUGAAAAGACAGAAAAGAAGGUUUGUAUGUAAAUGCAUCUGAAGAAAUCUCAGGCACGGAUCGGAGAAGAAAGCAGUGGCGUCUCUUCCGAUUACAACCCAACCCCACCACGAUUUCCUCCUCCUCCAAUUCAGUUUCAGACCCAUUCGAUACAACAGAGCAAAACUCAUCUCCCCCCAAAUCAGCCACAAGCUCACGCCCGAAUCUCUUCUUCUCAAUACCCGUCGAAGCAAACCCAUCAACAUCAAAGUCAUCACCAAACCCAAUUUCAUGAGCAUCCAUCCACGCCCAAAACCAUUCUUUCGCAUCCCCACAAGAGGCCUAUAAUGACUCACAUGCCCUCUGCUCUUUCCCAUUCCCCAACGCUGUCCUCUCUUAAUCACAACCACCGCCAUCACCACCAGCAUCAGACACAAUUGGAUUCGCCGCUCCCGUCUGCUUCUCAGUUGUUUGUUUGUACUUCUUUGGUCGCAUUCGCAAAGGCAUUGGCUUUCAAGCUCUUACACCAUUUUCGCAAUGCGGGUUCCUUGCGAAUCCACUUGCGGGUUUUUAUUUUACUUUCUCUGCCACCCCUUUACUUCUUCACUUGGAGCCCUCGCCGCUCGCUGGUGCUCGAUUUCUUAUCGGCGCUCGCUUUCUCGGCGGCUGUAGUGAUUUCCCUCAAUCUCGCGCUGCCUAGGCUGCCCUCAAUUCGCGUGUUUCUUGCGCGCUCGCUCCCAAUUAAGCUUUGUUCGUCGGCUUCUUCUGCGUCGAAACCUUCUCAACCCGUGCUUUGGUCUAUUGGAUCAAAGCCCAAAUCGGAGAAGAGGACAAAUUCGGGUUCUUGGGUGCAAGUGUAUACCAAUGGGGAUGUGUAUGAGGGUGAAUUUCACAAAGGGAAGUGUUCAGGAAGUGGGGUUUAUUAUUAUUAUAUGAGUGGGAGGUAUGAGGGGGAUUGGGUUGAUGAGAAGUAUGAUGGGUAUGGUGUUGAGACUUGGGCGAAAGGGAGUCGAUUCCGGGGGCAAUAUAGGCAGGGUUUAAGACAUGGGAUUGGAGUGUAUAGGUUUUACACUGGUGAUGUUUAUGCUGGAGAAUGGUCGAAUGGGCAGACUCAUGGCUGCGGAGUUCACACUUGUGAGGAUGGGAGCCGGUAUGUGGGGGAGUUCAAGUGGGGUGUCAAACAUGGGUUUGGUCAUUACCAUUUCAGCAGAAAUGGCGACAUGUAUGCUGGAGAAUAUUUUGCUGACAAGAUGCAUGGUUUUGGGGUAUACCGAUUUGCAAAUGGACAUCGAUACGAGGGAGCCUGGCAUGAGGGAAGAAGACAGGGGCUUGGUAUGUAUACUUUCAGAAAUGGGGAGGCUCAGUCUGGUCACUGGCAAAAUGGGGUUCUUGAUGUUCCUAGCACUCAGAACACCCAUCCUGCAUCUCCUUUUGCUGUUAGCCAUUCCAAAGUUCUGAAUGCAGUCCAGGAGGCCCGACGUGCUGCUGAGAAAGCAUUUGAUGUCGCAAAAGUGGAUGAGAGGGUGAACAAAGCCGUAGCAUUGGCAAACAAAGCAGCUAAUGCAGCAAGAGUUGCAGCUGUAAAGGCCGUACAAAAGAGAGUGCAUCAUAACAGUGACAGUAGUGACACACCAUUACCAAUUGUCUGAUUACAACACAGACAGUUCGAGCAUUAUGUUCUGCUAUGAACUGACUACUAGCAUUUUAAUUUUCCUGCUGAGAGAGAACAAAAGGAAAAAUGGGAAAUGCCAUAGAAGUGCUUCUUUCUUCACUUUUAUGUUCUGUUUAAUACUCUACUGUUUUUAACUUUUUUAGCUUUCCUUUUUAGAGAGAUGUUGUAGUUGUGAGGUACCCGCUUGGAACCGCACUCAGUUGAAGCAAAUGGCUGAUUGAGGAGCAGGAUGGGUUCCUCACAUUUUCUGGCUUCAAUAAUAUGUACAUAGGUUGUGUAAGAGGUGUAUGGAUGAAGGAUGGCACUGACUAAAAGCUGCCUGAGUUAAAUCUAGGGGUUUUUUUUUUUUUUUUUCCCCUCGUCCUUUUUGGUUCCUUUUUGUAAAUGUAAUUAGUUUUAAGUGCUGGUGUCCAUAUGAAACUACCCAGCAAGUGUUGUAUGCAAGCCAUGGGCUUUUAUGAUAAAAUCUGGAGGGAGGAUGUGAUGUUACACACCUCCCUUCCUCUCUCUCCAUGGGGGUUGGUUUCAGUUGCUUCUUGUUUUUCCUACUUGUUUGAUAUAAUGAGUAAAGCCCUGUCUCCAUCUGGUUUCGCUUGGUUUCCUCUUGUUUUCCUUCUUUUGUAAUAUGGUUUGUCCUUGAUGCGGUUGACCUUUUCCUAUUCCUUUCCUUUCUUCUGUAAUGUAAUAAUAUAAUACAAAGUUUCUUCUUCUUGG